CCGCAGCCAUGCCCGCGACCCAGCCCGCGCCGCCCCUACGCCUGCGCCACCUGCUGCCGCUGCCGCUGCCCGUGUGUCUGCUGCUGGGCGUGGCGCUGCUGUGCCCGCUGGGCUCCGGCGCCUUCGCGGCCGACGGCCCGCAGCAGAUGUACCCGGGCGUCUCCGCCGACGAGUACGAGGCCAUGCAAAGUGGCUUUGCAUCGAUAUUACUUCUUCAGUAUUCCCACUCCUCGUUGAAAAAUGAUAAGUUGCAUUUGGACGUUGUAUAUUUGUUCAAAUAUUCUUCCCAAAGUCGUACCUUAGUAGGUGGCCAGAUUGCACUGCGGCAAAAGAGGAACAGCCUGCGCGAGCUGGAGGCGGACGCCCUGCGCCGAGCGCUGCUGCGCGACCUGCAGGAGCAGGCCAUGGAGGAGGCGGCGGCGGUGGCGGCGGCAGUUCGCGGCGGCGGCAGCAGCAGCCGAGAGGAGCCGUUGCCGCUGCCCGCCGGCGCCGGCCCCGGCCCGGGCCCCAUGCCCGCAGAGCGCCUGCCCCUGCCCCUGCCCCUCGUGCGCGCGGCCUACGGCGGCGCCGGCCCCGACCUCAGCAAAGAGGAGCCGCCCGUCAAGAAGAUGAAGAGCUUAAAUGAUAUAGUAUGUCACUCUGCUUAUUCAAGAUUUGUAAUAUGGGACGAAAACGCACCAACAGAUCCUGAACAUCACCCAAUGGCUGAACUAAUCAUCAACACUUUGAAUACAACAAAUGACUCUUCUCUUUAUCUUCAGUAAAGGCAGCUAGAGCACUACACCACAUCUACUUUCUUGCGAUGAUAAAUUUCCCUGUUAUGUAAAUCAAAUGAUCUUUUAAAUGAUUUCUACUUGUAGUAUAAAUUGAGAUUUAUCUGCAACAAUGACCCUCAAUAAGUUUCACACAAAUGCAUAACACAACAAUUGUAGUGCACAUAAAAUUCAGUUAGUUUGUAGAUAAUCAUUUCCAUUUCUCCUAUUCGCAUAGAGAUCUGCUUUCAAUAAAUAGAGCAAGGAAUUAACUCUGGUUUCUUUUCACCUCUGAUAGUUGCAAGUAUAUUUAUAGGAACAGGUAACAUGUGAUUAAGGUUUAUGAUGACAACACUUUUACAACAGAGGUUACAAGUAAAAUAGAAAAUUCUAAAUUUACCAUUUGAAAAGUCUGUAAUUCAUGCCAAAUCCUUUUAAAGCAAUAAUUUGUAAGUCAUUUCUUAUGUUCCAAGUGUUGACUUGUGUAAAAUAAUUUAUAUUCAGUAUGACUGAUAUACAUACUUACAUAAAAACAUCACAUUUUCAAAUCACUUAAUUUAUAAGCCUCUUCCAAGUAAAUAAUUUUGUAAAUAUUUUUUUGUGUUAAAUACAUAUCUCAAGAUAUAAAGCCCCAUGUGGAAAUUGCAUUUACUUGGUCAAAACUAACCUUCAGAAUUGAGUUCAUCAAAUUCCUUCAAAUAUGAUAUUCCAAAAAAGCAACAAAAUGUUUCCAUAAAUGUCUUAAAUGCAUCAAUAUUUCAAUUUGUUCUGACAAUCCCCUAAAAUACAAAUUUGCAUGACAAAUAGUCUAAUGCACCCACCUAACUGGCUAUAUUUCAGAUUCUGUAAAAUAUAAGCUGCUGGUUCAUCGAACUCCACCGUAUUACAAUAUUUUACAACUUUGAAAAUACACUUAGUUGUGUUAUUACACAAUAAAGAGAUAAAAACGGCAUCAUUUAAAGAACUGCCUACAACAGUAAUUGAAACUAUCAGAUCUUUCCUUCAAAAAGCUUCUGCAAAUGUGUAGAAAAAAUAAUGUAUAGGUUUUUUGUUCCUUAUAACUCAAACAAAAUAAUCUAAGAUGGUUAAGAUACUUUCCUAACAGUCUUUUAAAACCUGUUUACAAUUGAAGCACAGUGAUAUUCAAUAUAAAAUUGAAUUCUCAAAAAAAGCCACUUCACUGUGUUAAUCACAAAAGAUUGAUUGAUGAAAAAAAAUUAAAAGAGUAAUUUAAAAAUGAAACUUCACUUCAUUACCAUAAACAGAUAUUCUAUAGGAAUGAAAAUCCAUAAUUUACUUAAUACACUUCAGAAUCAGAAGCUUAUAAAUGAAGACGUGAGGUCCUACCACUAGAAAUUUCAAUAUUUACAUAUAAUGAAUUUAAAUGUAAAUGUUCAUUCUAAGCAAAAAAGAAAACUGAAAAAUUCUCUUUGCUUACCGAUGUGAAAAUGUAAACAUGUUUCAACAAUUUAGAAUAACAAAACAACAGAGAUUAAUAACAAAAAAACUGACAUAAUUCACAAACAAAUUUGAAGCCUGGUAUUUGAGAUGGUAUACUAAAAGUGGUGGGAAAACACAUUUCAUCACCAUACAAAAAAUACUUAUUUUUACAAAUUUUACUUGAUAUGUUCAACAAUACAAUAUUAUCACAUAUAUGAAAGUUUAUAAGUACAGAAAUAUGGUUUCUCCAUGGUUGAUUUUUCAGUUCAUUACUGGACAAUGAAAUCAGUCUUAUAUAAACCCUAUCUUCUUGGAAGAUUAACAAAUCAUGAAUUAUAUUAAUUUUGAAAGAAUUAUUGAACAUACAAAAAAUGAUAUGGUGAUUUUCUCAUAAACCACAGAACCAUGAAUAAUUGGAAAUACAAAAUCAACUUAGUAAUGCAUUUAUUUAUUCAUAAUUUGUGCAGUCCUUGACUCAAAGCAAUUUGAG